GGCUAAGACAUGAGUCGAACACAUGCACUAGUGUUGCUCCUGCUUGGAGUGGUGGUUCUCACCACCUCUCCAGUGUUGGCUAAUUACAAGCCACCCAUUUAUGAGCCUCCACCAAUUGAGACACCACCACCCACAUAUGAACCAAGUCCACCAACCUAUGAGCCUCCUCCAACCUAUGAGCCUCCACCAACUGAGAAACCACCACCAAUAUACAAGCCCCCAUAUUACCCUCCCUAUGAAAAGCCACCACCAAUGUACCAGCCUCCUCAUCAUGAGAAACCACCACAUCAAAAGCCACCUCAUUGGAAACCUCCACAUGAGAAGCCACCACCAGAGUACCAACCACCUCAUGAGAAGCCACCACCGGAGUACCAACCACCUCAUGAGAAACCACCCCAUGAAAAGCCACCACCAGAGUACCAACCUCCUCAUGAGAAACCACCACCAGUGGAACCUCCUUAUGAGAAACCACCACCAGUGGAACCUCCUUAUGAGAAACCACCACCAGUGGAACCCCCCUAUGAGAAACCACCACCAGUUGAACCCCCUUAUGAGAAACCACCACCAGUUGAACCCCCCUAUGAGAAACCACCACCAAUUGAACCCCCCUAUGAGAAACCACCUCCAAUUGAACCCCCUUAUGAGAAACCACCUCCAAUUGAACCCCCUUAUGAGAAACCACCUCCAAUUGAACCCCCUUAUGAGAAACCACCACCAGUAGAACCCCCCUAUGAGAAGCCACCACCAGUGUAUCAUCCACCCUAUGAGAAGCCACCGCCAGUGUAUCAACCACCCUAUGAGAAGCCACCGCCAGUGUAUCAACCACCCUAUGAGAAGCCACCGCCAGUGUAUCAACCACCCUAUGAGAAGCCACCACCAGUGUAUCAACCACCCUAUGAGAAGCCACCGCCAGUGUACCAGCCUCCACAUGAGAAGCCACCAUUUUACAAACCUCCCCACGAGAAACCACCAUUUUACAAACCUCCCCACGAGAAACCACCAUUUUAUGAGCCACCUCCAUUGGUGACGCCACCACCUCUGGAAAAGCCACCGGGUUACAAUCCUCCACCUUAUGGCAGUUAUCCUCCAUACAAUAAAAAGUAAUAACCUGUCGUCAACGUCACAUGUUUUGGUCUACUCAAAGUUACAGCAGCCUUUUGUCAUAUAAAGUUUUUGUUCACGUUUAGGAAGUACUUUUAAGAUGUGAAGUACAAUCUGCCCCUUCAGCAAUACUUCUUAAAAAUAAAGGCUCUAUGCCUCCGUGUAAUAACUUCAAUUUCCUUUUCGGCAACCAUAUUGUAAUGACAACUGUAGUGGGUUUAUCUGUGGCUA